CUAACAGAACUCCCAUCCACAGUCAUUUACAACUUGUCAGAGAGAGGAGCCACAACGCCUGGCUCAGCACUGGUAGAGGAUGUGUACUGUAACUAAGUUACCUGGAUAGAGACUGACAGGAAAUCCAAGGACAGACAGAUCUGGAUCCCCCAUCGAAGUGCUCUUUGACAUCAUCCUUCUUUUCUUGGACGCAUUUGUCAAUGGAUACCUUGGGAAUGAAGGACGAUGGCUGCCUGUUACCAGACAACUACCAUGACAUGGUGAAGGGAGGGGGGUCUAGCGGAGGAGGACGGGUCCACAGCAUUGACCUGACCCUGGGCUUCAGUAAGGACCAGGACCCCCUGCUCACCCCCAUAGGGUACGAAUGGACCCAUAAAGUGGACACUGAGGGCCUGGAGGACCACCAGGGGAAGCAGGGCCAGUCAGACCCCUACAGACACCUCCCCAGUCUGGGGGACAGCACCCAGCACUCUGCCUUCCACGAGUCAGGCCUUUUCUCCAGGGACAAGUGUGACGGGGACCUGGGAGACCUCCAGAAGGGGGUGGACAGCGAGGGAAAGUCCCCUGAGCCGCCAAAGGAGGACCACCCUAAGAAGAAGCACCGGCGUAACCGCACCACCUUCACCACCUUCCAGCUCCAUGAGUUGGAGAAGGCCUUUGAGAAGUCCCACUACCCUGACGUCUACAACCGGGAGCAGCUGGCCAUGAAGGUCAACCUCCUUGAGGUCCGUGUCCAGGUGUGGUUCCAGAACCGUCGGGCUAAGUGGAGACGUCAGGAGAAGAUGGACUCCAGCUCAACAAAGCUCCACAACUUCCCCAUGCUGUCCUUCAACCGGCCGCCCAUGCCCUCCAAUGUGGGGCCCAUGUCCAACCCAUUACCCCUGGACCCCUGGCUGGCCUUGUCCAUGCCCAGCGCCACCCCAAUGCACACUAUCCCCGGAUAUACAGGCCUAGGGCAGGGUCCUCACCUUCAGCCUGCCUACCCCAACCACUCCCACUCCCUUAGCCACAGCCAUGGCUUCCUCGACAGUCCACCAGGACAUGGUAUGGUGCACCAGGUGAUGGUACAGGGGAUGCAGUCUAUGGCCCCGCCACCCUACCAGUGCCCCCCCAGCUUCAAUGAUAAGUACCCUCUGCUAAGGACCUGGAACACAGUACCAGCAUCGCAGCACUGAGGGUGAAGGCUAAGGAACACAUCCGUUCCAUGGAUAAAACCUGGCAGCAUUAUGUGAUCACAGAGA